AUGGGAGAUGAAGGAUUCGCCAAUACGACCGAUAGGCAUGAAGACUUUUGCGGCGCUCGAUCCCACAGCAUCACCAUGUACCUCCAAAAGCUUGGCUCAACCAAGUUCAGUAGUUCAAAGCACAGCAGCAGCUCAAUGGACCCUGUCGACUGGGCGAUUCGCAAAGUUGCAGGAGGCGCUAAAGCUGGUGAUGUUGACAACGUGCUUGAGAGGACGGGGUGGACAUUUACCGGCCCUUGA